GGAAGUCAAUUUCCCCUAAUCUCCCCGGUGUCCGUGUCCGGCGCCGUCGCUCCUUCCCCGCCCGCCCCGACGUCGGCGGGUUCCUCCACGGAAGGUUCGACCGUCCAGGUCAGCUCGGAUACCGGUCAAAGCCAAAACCAGAAUCCGCACACAAACAGUGGUAGGUACCAGAUGGUCCCCUCAAUUCACUUCGAUUCGGAGCCACCGGCUUCCACCUCGCCCCUUCAAACCUCGAUUUCCUCGAUUUCCUCCUCUUCCGCCCAUGGUACCCUUCCUCCUUCCCCAUUCAGAGGGCAUCGAACUACAUCGACCUCCUCAGGACUCAUCAUCAGUCUCGCCUCAUCCGAUGACUACCGCACCGCCCGAACAUCAAACUGAGCGUCGCCGCUCAAGCAACCCCAGACGGCCCCAGCGGGGCCCCGCUUCGCGAAUGAAUCCUCCUGCGCCGCCGCCGCCGCCGAACAUUGCAGAGGCUUAUGGCUUGACGGACGACGUCCGCGCAUCACAGGUUCUCCGAGGAUCAUAUCGCACCAAGCUGAUCGUCUCUACUGCGGCUCUUGAAUCUUUGGAGAUCGUUCCGCUGUCGGAACUACCGGCUAAGGAUCGAGGUCAGUCGUGUCCUCCCCAUUUAUAUGUCCCCAAUUAUAUAUAUAUAUAUAUAUAUGUAUGUAUGUAUUUGCUAUUGUUCUUGUUGACUCACGGCGAUGUAGACUGUGUUAUCUGCUACCACGAGUUCGGCGUCAAGUCGCCGGAGGGCAUCUGCGAGCUUCCAGUUAGACUACCCAACUGCAAACACGUCUUUGGCGACCACUGCAUCAGAAAGUGGUUUCAGGAUUCGGAUAGCUGCCCGUAUUGCAGGAAUAAACUGCCGUCAGAAGCCCGGUUGGUGGCUCGGCCCAAUUCGUUGGGUGCGUUCUACGCGCGAGAUGUUCUGGCCGCGCGAGAACGUAUGGCGGCGAACGCCCGGGCAACUCCCGAUGCCAGCCCGAGAGCUGUAGCUGUGACACGUCACCCGUUGGCGGACGUGCUCGGGCUGGGAAUUCAGUCCCCAGAGCGCCGUUCGCCGCCGUGGAACGGCGAGAAUAGUCACCGUCGGCAAAGACCCCGUCACGGCCCGGUGGACACCAGCCUGCCCUGGGCCAGAUUGGCUACCGAAGGAGGGGGAAUACAACAGCAACAGCAGCAACAGCAGCAACAGCAGCAACAGCAGCAACAGCAGCAGCAGCAGCAGCAACAACAGCAACAGCAGCCGCAGGUAACAUGGAGGUCUGGUCAGGGAGAAGGGUCUAAUACAAGGCCAGAGACAGGGAUAAGUUUGGGAACGCUGGCCGCUGGGCAGGUCCUAGGAAGUGGUGUGGCCGCCGCCGCUAUUGCAGGAGUGCAAGGAGUGCAGGGAGCGGAGGGAGGGCAGGAACAGGCUGCAUAUGUGCCAGGAAGAGUGCAAGGGAGCGAAGAUUCACGGUACCAAACAGCCACGGGGCCGAGCGACGCAGCAACGGCAGAAGGAAACAGACUGCCUUUGGCGACGGGUGUCAUGAGCAGCGGAGAAGAGCAAGGUGUCAGCCUGGAAACCGGUCGAGGGUUCUUGAUGAAUCCUGUGGGCGCCAACAAUAUCGGAGGGGUGUUACCGACGAUGGACUGGGUGGCUAAUGAGGCUUCUCCUCCGAUCUGGUUCCACCGAUUUGUGGAAUUUAGAGGCCGGUGAGGAGAAGAGACCACCGAGGAUGAGAAACGCCACGUUGUGGCAGGUUCGACGAUAUGACGGCACGAGUGGACGAGGCCCAGCUGCGAAGAAGUAUGGGGUUUGGUACGU